UUGGUCCCAUAGCUACUCUGUUACAAGUCCCAAAUCCCUACAGAAAAAGAUCUGAGAUCUGAAUCAGGAUAAGCUGUCUGAUAAUUUUCUAUAAGUUUUGUACGUUUCAUGUGUACAUAAUCGUUUUUCCUUUCUUCUAUAAAAUCCACUAGUUAGUCCUAGCCUCUACUGCCUAUUACGUACCCCUCCUAAAUAAGACCCUAGUUCUUCAGAAUUCUUCAACCCAAAAAAGAAUGUCAUUCCCUAAUUUCAACGCUCUCAGAAAUUUGCACAACUCUGCUAACGACCUCCUCCACUCCCCAGAAAUUCAACAAGUUCUUGUCCACCAAAAGCAAGAAAUUUGGGUUCAUCAAGUCUCCGAGGCAUCUCUAACAAUGUUGGACGUCUGUAGCAUUUCUAAGGAUGUUCUUUUGCUCGUCAAAGAACAUCUUCUAGACGUACAAUUCACUUUGCGCAGGAAAAUUUUUAGCCACCAGCUAAAUAUUAAUGCCAAGAUUGCUGCCUAUAAUCACUAUAGAAAGAAGCUAAAAAAAGCGACAUUGAAAUGUCUUCGGUCACUGAAGGGAAUGAAGAACAAAUCACCAGUUGUAACUUCAGAUAUCUCAACCACGGAUCACAAACUCACUGUUGUUGUGGAAGUACUUAAAGAAGUGCUAGUGAUCACCAUCUCCACUGUUGAGUCCUUAUUGUCUCUCAUUUCCAUACCAUGGUUGGAUCAGAAAUCGACAAAAGGGUCUUUCAGGUCCAAGUUCUUUAGCUCAGGUGGCAGGAAGCUCUAUGAAAUUUGUGACGAAACCGCACUUCAAAGUGCAAAGAAGAGACUAGAGGCAGUGGAGAUUGCGAUUGAGGAUCUUGAAGCGGAAUUAGAUUGCAUCUUUAGACGUUUGAUCCAGACUAGGUCUUCGCUUCUUAAUAUACUUACCAAUUAGGAUAUAAAAAGCCUAAGUUUUCAUCAAUCAACUUUAGUUCAAUAGUACUGUAGAGCUUAAUCAAAUUCAUGAGUUCGAAUCUCCAUAACUUAGACUGAUAUUGUAUUUAUUCUUUCUAAUAAAAUAUAUGUUUUCAUUAUUACAAGGCAUUGCUUUGCCAAGGGUGAUCACUCACUGCUCCCUAAAAAUUAAUUAAGUUAAUUUGACAUAACUUUUCAUUCUCAUUAAUUUAAUUUUUAUCAUGUUUAGCCAAUUUUAUUGUAUUUAUUAUUUCUAAUAAAAUAUCAAGGUAUCAUUUGUGUUUAUUAAUUCUCGAAGCAUUAUGUAACUUACCUCUAAUUAUCAAGGGGAAAAUUGCCCAAAAGUAUUGAUUUAUUAGAAAAUUCACUGCGUGUGUGUUAGUAUAUGCCAUUACUUUUAAAAAUUUAUGGCAAUAAAUGCAUUAUAAAUCGAAUAUAUCAUCCUGAUGAUUUUGAGGAAAUCAAUUUAAUAUGCAAAUGUCAUGAAAAUCAAUAAAAAAAAAUCUCCCCUAAAAAAAAUUCAGUCAGAAAUUGAUAUUUUCAUUUUUCAUGAUAUGUCAUUGUAUAAGAAAAUCAGAUUUAAAUAAGAAUUUUCCAUAUAUUAUUACUUAAUUCAAAUCUAGUAGGUG